AUGUACCGCAGCACCCGAUCAACAAAGCAGUCCUCCAAACUCAAAAUCCUCCCCGAGGAACCGGAAGACAGUUCCACCGGCGCACCUAGUGGAGGGGCUACACCUCUCAAUGCUUCCUCUCCCACCAUUGGCGGCGGUGCUGCCAUAUUCGGAUCUGUUGGCGGACAAAGCAUUCUAGCCAACCCAUCCAGCGGCUACCGACGCAAUCCAACGCAUUCUGAACCGCCUAACCCUACCGCUUCACUCGGGAAUGCAAACUCGCCGCAUCACUCAGUCGAUGAUGACGACAGCUCGUCAGACGAUGCUGGCGAGGGAGAGGAUGAGGAGGCUGUAGAAGUGUACAAGCAGCUGGCUCAGAUUCCGGAGGGUUCGAUGAGGCGGGAUGCGAGGAGGUUGACGAAGCGAUCAAGGGCCAAGUUGCCGCGUGUCACGGCUUAUUCGACGGCUACAUCGUAUAGGAUGCGAGAGUUGACCAAAUGGUUGAAUGCGAGGAGAUCAAGUCAUCAGACCAACGUGCUUACUUUUGACGAGUGUUUGUAUACUACUUACACCUAUAAACACGUUGAUGAGGCAAGAGGGCUCAUUCCAGCAAAUGCGAAUGGUGGAACUGGUUCGGGAAAGCUUUCGCUUUCGCAUUUGCAUUUGCAUUUGCAUUCGCAUUCGCAUUCGCAUCGAUCAAAUAAGGACGCAAAGACGGGAGAUCUGCUCGGAAUCCCGGAACUGAAUCAAGAUUCAGAAGAACAGCAGCAACAAGACGGCAAUGCAAGCCAGGCAGCCAAUGCUUCAAGCGAGAACGCCGAGGCAGCAGCCAAACGCAAACGUAGUCGAUUCUCCGUCGACGACGUGGUUCCUGAACUCUUCAUCAUGGACUACGGUACUAUCGUCAUCUGGGGUAUGACUUUGCAAGAAGAGAAACGAUUCCUCCGAGAACUCCGUCGAUUCGAAGUAGAACGCCUCGCAUCAGAAGACAUCGAAUCCGAAGACCUUCACUGGUACCUCGCCGACUAUUCCCGCAUUUACAACGAUGUCAUCACCCUCCGUCGCGGCUCCUCUUACAUGACCAAACUCUCCCUCUCCCAUGCACUUGCCCAAUCAACCAAAAUCUCCUUCUUCGAAGGUAUCAUCGAUAACACCAUCGAAUCUACAAAGGACAUCCCACAAUCCAUCGCCGAAAGCGGUAAAAUUGGAAUGCCACCCGCAGAAAUCAUGAAACAGAUCGGUCACCUUUUCAUUCUACGAAUGAACAUUCAUCUGGUGGGGAGUAUUGUCGACAGUCCAGAGAUUUUCUGGAGACAACCGGACCUGGAGCCGUUGUACUCGGCCGCAAGGAGUUAUCUAGAGAUCCCACAGAGGAUAGAUCUGUUGAAUACGAGGGUGGAAGUGUUGCAGGACAUGUUGCAGUUGUUGAAGGAUCAGGUGACGAGCAGUCAUUCAGAGUAUUUGGAGAUCGUAGUGAUUUUGUUGAUCAUGUUGGAGAUCGUGUUGGGCGUGGCGACCAUGUUGGUUGAUCUUUACUUUGGCUAG